AUGUCUAACAACGAGAAAUACGAACCGAAUCAAAGUAAAGAAAAAGAAGGCUCUCGAAAAGGCGUUGUGCUGAAAUACGUGUUUAAAAAUAUGGCGAAUUUUGAAGUAGGCGACUUUGCGACGACCCAAAGUGAAGAACAUUUUAAUGUGAAUUGGCACAUGAAAGUGAAACGCAACGAAAGCCAUCUUGAAUUUUUUAUUGAUUGUCAACCCAUUGCUCUUCUCGGUGAUAAAUGGUCAAUUGAGUCAAAGUUGGAGUUCAGAAUGAUGGGACAUGACUACGAAAAAGUCGCUAAAACUACGAAACACUGUUUUGAGAAUGAAGAGACUCUGAAAUACCCUUGUUUGACAUCAAUACACCCUAAGACCGAAUCGCUUAUCAAGAUGUUGUUCGAUGCUGGAGAAUUUGUUAAAUUGGGUCUUCUCAAAGAGAUUGCAUUGGUUAUCACAAAGAAAGAAAAUGAAGAAGAAGCAAUCGAAGUGCACUCGUUCAAGUUUCAAUGCUUGGAAAACGGCGAUAUUUCGACGACAUUGAACACUGUAGCUGGGAAAUCGCCCUCGCAAAGAAAACAUCAACCCGUUCUCACUCCAUCGACAUCGAAAUCCAGAGAACAUCAAAUUGUCCACCUCAUCAAAUCUGUCCGCAAUCUGUGUGCCUCCUUGCGCCCGUUGCCAAAGAAGUGUGCAGCGAAUUUCCGGGUCAAUUACACAGAUCUUGCUGAAAAUAACGAUCGCAUCGAAGGCUUUCACACUACAGAGACAUUCUAUGAAUUGGCGAAAAAAGCUGUCACUGUUGAAGUCGAAAAAUCGAAUCAAGAUGAACAAGAAGCCGUUUUGAGCUGUUCGAGUGUCUUUGUGAAGCCAAAAUUCGGAACGUCGUCUCGCUUCAACCCUAGUAGCCGGGAAUCGUCUUCAGCUUCGAUGAAUUCCACUCAGAAGAACAGCUCGAAUAACAAGUCUCGUAAUAUUGAAAACGAAACAGUUCAGCUAUUGGUAGAGAAGGAGUUGCUCGAUGAAAACAAUUGGUCCUAUCCCGCCAACUUGAAGCAAUCGGAAGAGUCGCUGUAG